GCCCCUUCGGAUGACGGAGGAGCCAGGCAGCCGGAGCCCAGCGCUUUGACAGCGCCCCCAAACCUGAGAUGGCGGGGUGGGGAACGUGAAAUGAACCACGAUGUCUCAAACGCGCCCAGUUCCCCCUCAGGCUUAGUCGGGCACCCCUAUUAUGUCUGAAGUCCCCGUCCCCCUUCCUUCUCCCCUCCCCACCGCGCCGCCAGCUGAAGAUCACCCCACACCUGCAUCCAUGUCCUUGUACCCAGAGCAGGACCAUGACCACCGGCACCAUGUAAGACUCCACGCUGGCUCCCCAGACACCACGUUCCUGGGAACCACGCCAGAGGAGGCAGAAGGGAGAAGCGAAAUGGAUGAGCCUUUCCUCCUGGCCCAGCUGCCCAGGCCCCUCCUGCCCUCUGGACACGAGGUGAGCCCCCUGAUGAAGGCCACGGUCCUGAUGCGGCAGCCCGGGCGGGUGCAGGAGAUCGUGGGCGCCCUCCGCAGGGGCGGGCGAGACCGCUUACAGGUCAUUUCUGAUUUUGACAGGACCUUGAGCAGGUUUGCCUAUAACGGAAAGCCAUGCCCUUCUUCCUACAAUAUUCUGGAUGACAGCAAGAUCAUCAGUGAGGAGUGCCGGGAGAAGCUGAAAGCGCUCCUUCACCAGUAUUACCCAAUUGAGAUUGACCCGCACCGGACCGCCAAGGAGAAGUCACCUCAUAUGGUGGAAUGGUGGACCAAAGCGCACGAUCUCCUGUGUCAGCAGAAGAUUCAGAAGUCUCAGAUAGCCCAGGUGGUCAGAGAGUCCAACGCCAUGCUUAGGGAGGGAUACAAGGCGUUCUUCAACACCCUCUACCAAAAUAACAUCCCCCUCUUCAUCUUCUCCGCGGGCAUCGGUGAUAUCCUGGAGGAAAUUAUCCGGCAGAUGAAAGUGUUUCACCCCAACAUCCACAUUGUGUCUAACUACAUGGAUUUUGACGAAGAUGGUUUCCUACAGGGAUUCAAGGGCCAGCUCAUUCACACAUACAACAAGAACAGCUCCGUGUGCAGGAACUCCAGCUACUUCCAGCAGCUUCAGGGCAAAACCAACGUCCUCCUGCUGGGGGACACCAUGGGGGACCUCACCAUGGCCGAUGGCGUUCAGGGUGUGGAGAACAUUCUCAAGAUCGGCUUCCUAAAUGACAAGGUGGAGGAGCAGCGGGAGCGCUACAUGGCCUCCUACGACGUUGUGCUGGAGAAGGACGAGACGCUGGACGUGGUCAACGGGCUGCUGCAGCACAUCCUGCACCAGCGGGACUGGGCGGAGAUGCGGGGCUCCUGAGGGCGCGGGCGCGGGGCCUGUCGGCGGGCGGAGAGGCGGAGGGGAGCCUCCGUGGGGGCUACUCUGCCGGGAGCCUGGUGUGUCCAGAGGGCAGCUCAGGACAGCCCCUGAGCAUCCGGGUCCUCGCCCUUCCCUCCCCCUUUCCCCGGCACAUUCUUGUGAGUUCUCCAAGGCCUGAGGGAGGCCCUGGCAGCGGGGAGGGCUCCAGGUGAAUCGGACCUGCAGGCUGUUUGCAUUCCGGGGGUCGGUUGGUCCAGGACUCUGUUUUUCGAAAAUGUUUAACAUGGGACGCUGUUCUUCAAACAAGUCGAAUGUGUAAAGUGGAUCGAAAUAAAAGGAGGAACCAGA